AUGUACACAGCGCCGGCAUUUAUGGGCAUAGUUGUUAAUUCCAUGUGCUUCAUACUAGUCAUAUUCUUUUUCCGCGAAUCCAACGUUGGCCUGCAAAAGAAAGUAUCUAUGGAGAACGACGACCAUUCACGAUUCUUUGCUCUUCCUAAAUACGAUCGAUGGGCGAUUAUGAUUUGCAUUCUAACCCGAUUUGCGCAAAUGUUCGUCAUCACGAAUCUCGAAACGCUAGGAGCUCCUAUCUCGAUGACCAUAUUCGGUUGGAAUAAGCAGCAAACUGUUCAGUACAAUUCUUUGAUGCAUAGCGGUUUCGGACUUGUCGGGUUUGCGAUUUACGCUGCCAGUGUAUACUACGAUAUUGGUAAAAUGAUUAAUCAUCGUAUAAGUGCUUGUCUCGGUAUGAUCGGGCUGGUGGUCUUCCAUCUUCUGACGUUCCCCUGGUGGGGAUUGCCAGGAACCAUCCCGUACCAGGAACAAUGUCAGUUUCCUAAUCAUUUUUGA